AGGCGCACGGGUUGGCCCGGCCCAGGGCGGAGGCGGAGGCCGCUGCCCCGGACUACAGCUCCCGUGGUGCCCCGCGGCGGAACGGAAGGGCCCUGCUGGCCCGCGGCGCGGGGGGUAGCUGCUCUAUCCGGGGCCUUGGCGCUUCUCUUCCUUUCGCGCCGGCCGCCGCUGUGGAGCGGCGAGUCCAUGUGCGCAUCGAGCGGCGCUGCCCUGCCCUCCGCCUCCCCGCGCGCCGCCCGCCCCGGCCCGCCCAUGGACCCCAACACCAUCAUCGAGGCCCUGCGGGGCACCAUGGACUCGGCUCUGCGGGAAGCCGCCGAGAGGCAGCUCAAUGAGGCUCAUAAGUCAGUGAACUUUGUUUCAACUCUGCUUCAGAUCACUAUGUCCGAGCAACUGGAUUUACCAGUGAGACAGGCAGGUGUUAUCUACUUGAAGAAUAUGAUAACUCAGUAUUGGCCUGAUCGUGAAACUACACCAGGGGAAAUCCCACCUUAUUCCAUCCCAGAAGAAGAUAGACAUUGUAUUCGUGAAAAUAUUGUAGAAGCCAUUAUUCAUUCCCCUGAACUAAUUAGAGUACAGCUUACUACUUGCAUUCACCAUAUUAUCAAGCAUGAUUACCCCAACCGCUGGACUGCAGUUGUGGAGAAAAUUGGUUUUUAUCUUCAGUCUGAUAACAGUGCUUGCUGGCUUGGAAUUCUCCUUUGUCUUUAUCAACUCGUGAAAAACUAUGAGUACAAGAAACCAGAGGAGCGGAGUCCCUUGAUAGCAGCAAUGCAGCACUUCCUGCCUGUUCUGAAAGAUCGUUUCAUUCAGCUUCUGUCUGAUCCAUCUGAUCAGUCUGUCCUCAUCCAGAAACAGAUCUUCAAAAUCUUCUAUGCUCUUGUUCAGUAUACGUUACCUCUGGAGCUGAUAAAUCAGCAGAACCUGACAGAAUGGAUAGAAAUUCUAAAAACGGUUGUGGACAGAGAUGUACCUGCUGAAACUCUUCAAGUUGAUGAAGAUGAUAGACCAGAAUUGCCUUGGUGGAAAUCCAAGAAAUGGGCUUUGCACAUCUUGGCUAGACUUUUUGAGAGGUAUGGAAGCCCUGGUAAUGUUUCCAAGGAGUACAGUGAAUUUGCUGAAGUGUUCCUAAAGGCAUUUGCUGUUGGUGUCCAACAGGUGUUGCUGAAGGUGCUGUAUCAGUACAAGGAAAAGCAGUACAUGGCUCCUAGAGUUCUUCAACAAACACUGAACUACAUCAAUCAAGGAGUGUCACAUGCUGUGACCUGGAAGAAUCUGAAGCCCCAUAUUCAAGGAAUUAUCCAAGAUGUUAUAUUUCCAUUGAUGUGCUAUACAGAUGCUGAUGAGGCACUGUGGCAAGAAGACCCAUAUGAAUACAUACGUAUGAAGUUCGAUGUGUUUGAAGACUUCAUUUCUCCUACAACUGCUGCUCAGACAUUGUUGUUUACAGCAUGUAGUAAAAGAAAAGAGGUCCUGCAGAAGACCAUGGGCUUUUGUUAUCAGAUCCUCACAGAGCCAAAUGCUGAUCCCCGUAAGAAAGAUGGCGCUCUACAUAUGAUUGGUUCUUUGGCUGAAAUUCUCCUAAAAAAGAAGAUAUACAAAGAUCAGAUGGAGUACAUGUUGCAGAAUCAUGUGUUCCCUCUCUUCAGCAGUGAGCUAGGCUAUAUGAGAGCACGGGCUUGCUGGGUCCUUCAUUAUUUCUGUGAAGUUAAAUUUAAGAGUGACCAGAACCUCCAGACAGCCCUGGAACUCACAAGACGAUGUCUGAUUGAUGAUAGGGAAAUGCCUGUGAAAGUGGAAGCUGCCAUAGCACUUCAGGUUUUGAUCAGUAAUCAGGAGAAAGCUAAGGAAUAUAUUACACCAUUCAUUAGACCUGUAAUGCAAGCUCUGCUUCAUAUUAUAAGAGAGACUGAAAAUGAUGAUCUUACCAAUGUGAUUCAGAAAAUGAUCUGUGAAUAUAGUGAAGAGGUUACUCCCAUUGCAGUAGAAAUGACCCAGCAUUUGGCAAUGACAUUUAACCAAGUCAUUCAGACUGGACCAGAUGAAGAAGGCAGUGAUGACAAAGCAGUGACAGCAAUGGGAAUUUUGAAUACCAUUGAUACACUCCUCAGUGUAGUUGAAGAUCACAAAGAGAUUACGCAACAGUUGGAAGGGAUCUGUUUGCAAGUUAUUGGAACAGUUUUACAGCAGCAUGUUUUAGAAUUCUAUGAAGAGAUCUUUUCCUUGGCUCACAGUCUGACAUGUCAGCAAGUCUCUGCACAGAUGUGGCAGCUUUUGCCUCUUGUUUUUGAAGUUUUUCAGCAGGAUGGCUUUGAUUACUUUACAGAUAUGAUGCCUCUCUUGCAUAAUUAUGUAACUGUCGAUACAGACACGCUUCUGUCUGACACAAAAUAUCUUGAAAUGAUCUACAGUAUGUGUAAAAAGGUCCUUACUGGAGUUGCAGGAGAAGAUGCAGAAUGUCAUGCAGCAAAGCUAUUGGAAGUCAUCAUUUUACAGUGCAAAGGGCGUGGCAUCGAUCAGUGUAUACCUUUAUUUGUGGAAGCUGCAUUAGAGAGAUUGACCAGAGAGGUGAAAACAAGUGAACUGCGAACGAUGUGCCUCCAGGUUGCCAUAGCUGCCUUGUAUUACAAUCCUCAUCUGUUGUUAAAUACCUUGGAAAAUCUUCGUUUCCCCAAUAACGUGGAGCCUGUCACUAAUCACUUCAUUACACAGUGGCUUAAUGAUGUAGACUGUUUCUUGGGACUUCAUGACAGAAAGAUGUGUGUGCUGGGCUUGUGCGCUCUUAUUGAUCUGGAGCAAAUACCACAGGUUUUAAAUCAAGUUUCAGGACAGAUCUUGCCAGCUUUUAUCCUUUUAUUUAAUGGAUUGAAAAGAGCAUACGCUUGCCAUGCGGAGCAUGAAAAUGACAGUGAUGAUGAUGAUGAAGCUGAAGAAGAUGAGGAAACUGAGGAAUUAGGGAGUGAUGAAGAUGAUAUUGAUGAAGAUGGACAAGAAUACUUAGAGAUUCUGGCAAAACAGGCAGGAGAAGAUGGAGACGAUGAGGACUGGGAAGAAGAUGAUGCUGAAGAGACUGCUCUGGAGGGCUAUUCAACAAUUAUUGAUGAUGAAGACAACCCUGUUGAUGAAUAUCAGAUAUUUAAAGCAAUUUUUCAGACAAUUCAGAAUCGUAACCCCGUUUGGUACCAAGCUUUGACACAUGGUCUUAAUGAAGAACAAAGAAAACAGUUACAGGACAUAGCAACUCUAGCAGAUCAACGGCGGGCAGCCCACGAAUCCAAAAUGAUUGAAAAGCAUGGAGGAUACAAAUUCAAUGCUCCAGUUGUGCCAAGUUCGUUCAAUUUUGGAGGUCCAGCCUCAGGAAUGAAUUGAAUUAUCAUUUUUCCUGCUACUGUGUGAUUGUAGUGAAGAGCUUGUGUUCCUCCCAGUAGUGGUUCCAGAACUGGUUCAUGUUAUCUACAACUCACUCUAAACGAAUUGAUAAAUAGAUUGGACAAAAAAACCCCAGGAAGUGGGACCUGAUCAUGCAACCUAAUACUGGAAAGCAAACCAGAGGUUUUUUGAAGAUAGGAAGAACCUGACUUGAAAGCUUCAAAUGACACACUGUGGAAAUCUGAAAUCAAGAGGGGAUGUCAUGAAGGCAGCUUUUCUUUUUCUGUGGAAAAAAUAGGCGUGGGCUGCAGGACUAUUUAAAAUGUCUCAUUUACAGGACAAGCUAGAAGGCUGAUUUAAUUUUGACACUUGUGGCAGUAUGAGUAUUGGCCCAAUUUCCUUCCCUGUCCCUCCUCUCUAUUGGGUGUUUAUUCUUUUCAUGUAAAUAAGAUAAGGUAAUCGGAUAGCCUUACUUAAUCUUCAUUUCCAUUCAUCAAGAUUGUUCAUAUGUAGAAUAUUGGACACUUAUUGUAGCACUACAUAACUGGUAAAUCUGUAAAUGAAUUAGCACUUUCAUAUUGAAACAAGCCUGCUAGCCUAUGUACAAAAAUAGCAAAAUGUUUGCUGUUUAUUAAAAAAAAAAAAAAAAAAAGAAAAAAAAAAGGGAUGUAAUGGGGAAAAUAAUUUCAAGUUUUAAUUUAAAAUUAACUAGCAGUUUUGUACCUGGUGACUUUGUGGUGCAGUCACCUCUGGUUGUGACUUGAAUUCGGUUAUGUAAAAAGGGGUUAGUGAUAUUUCAUUGCUGCUAAAAAAACAAACAAAAAAAGGCAACACCCUCUGUGUCCUUUGUUUUUCUUAAAGCUCUCAAUGUACAAGUGGAAAUUUGGAGACAAAAUCUUAAUGUAAGCACUGAGAAACAUUAUCUUCUCUGAAGCAUGUAAAUUGGACAUGAAAUUCUGCUCUUAAAGAGUUUAUUGAAGUGUGUGGAUGAAACAUCUAUAUAUGCAAUCUAUUAAAAAAUUAAUUCGGCUAACUUGGGCUUGAUCUAUGAUUGCAGUUUAUUCCUAAUUUUGCAAAAUAAUUCAUCCUGUUUUUGCACUCCCAGCAUUAAUAUGUGCUCUUGUUUGCCUGGUCCAGAUGGGAUGUUUAAGGUUUCACCAAGCUUUCACUUUUGAAGCCAUACUUUCCCCCUUCAUCUCCAGCUGUUAUAGUACCUCGUAUUUUAGCUAGAAAGGCGAAAUAAAGUUCCCUCUGGGACCACUGUCAAAACCACUCUAUCUAGAAGCCAGCAGUAAGGUGCUGUGAAUGGGCUGGUUUAUUGCCCCCUUUUUCUUCUCUGAAAAUCUAAAUUAAUAGUUUGAUCCUGUGUUGAGAUCAUUGGUGUCAAAUCUUUUAAAGCAAACAUUCUUUCUUUUGGCUGUUUUUAUGUGUCACCUGCUGUUACAACUGAUAUUAAACAAGCUACCUUAAUUUAAAUGUAAGCCUCCAAAUCUUAAAUGCAGGUUAAAAUGAACUGAGUUUAUAUCUGUAAAAAAUGAAACUGAAAUGCACAUAUAUAUAUAGAUAUAUAUAUAUAUAUAUAUUAUGAUAUUCAAAAUGCAGUCUUCAGAAAAUUGGUUUGUGUGGUGUUUUUAUUUUUUGAGUCAACAGAGUAACAGGUAUCCAGAAGUUGGGUUUUCCUUGAGUUUGACCAGUAAUAGUUACUACUUUUUGGCUUGUCACACAACUACUAGGACUGUUCUGAGCAGGGCUAAUGGACGUUUCACUUAUGCCUCCGUUUUGGAUUGCCUUUCUCACACAAAUCUUUCCAUGUGCACAAAAAACAGUUCUAAUAUGAAAGACUAGUCCAAGCCUGUGAUGGAAUGUUUCCCUAUCUGAACACCUUUAAGGGGAUAUGUGUAAGCAUUUUAUGGAAUGGAUAUUGCAUCUGGUGUAGAAGAGCCUACAGUUAGCCUUGAGCCUGGGUAUCCUAUAUAGAGAUGUGGUAUGAUAGCCCCAUUAUCACUUUCUGAUUCCUAAAAAGGUUGACUGGCAAAGUACAUAUUUAAAAUAAAACUUCUGAAAAUGUGUAUUCAUUGCAGGCCUCAAAAUGUGUUCUACUGUUGAGGUGGGAAUCUCAAAACUUGAUUUUGCUUUUGUGGCAAGGUGAUACAAGAUAUUAUUACAGCAUUUACUUUCCUGUCCAUUCCUGAACUUUGAAAGCUUCCCUAAUUUAACAUGUUAAAAAAAAUAAAAAUACUGUAUUUCUAAA